AUGAACGCUUCAGCUCAGAGCCUGCGAGCUCUGAACUCAGCUUACCACGGAGCGCUGAGGUUCAUCACUGGCCUCAAAGCACUCACGCACCACUGUGUGCUAUACACUCGUGGGGCCCGUGUGUGGGUGAGAGAGAAGGAGCAGCUGGUUCCUGCCACAGUCAACUCCUGUGGAGAUGGGACCCUGGUCGUCACCACAGACUAUGGAGAGGUGCUGUACCUCCAGACAGCGGAGGUCACGAGGGAGAAGGUCUAUGCCAUGCACCAGUCCAGUAUUGAUGGAGUGGAGGACAUGUCGGCCCUGGCUGAGCUCCAUGAGGCGGCCAUCAUGCACAACCUGUACCAGCGCUACCAGAAGGACAACAUCUAUACCAACAUCGGCAGUAUCCUGGCCGCAGUGAACCCGUAUAAGCAGAUCUCGGGCUUGUACGACCUGGAGAAGGUGCACCAGUAUUCCAGGCACCAGUUUGGAGAGCUCCCCCCUCACAUCUUCGCUGUAGCUAACGAAUGCUACCGCUGCAUCUGGAAACGCCAUGACAGCCAGUGUGUCCUCAUCAGUGGAGAGUCCGGAGCGGGGAAGACUGAGAGCACCAAACUGUUGCUCCAGUUCCUGUCGGAGAUGAGUCAGAACUCAGCCGGGACCCCCGCCUCGGAGAAGACCACGAGAGUGGAGCAGGCCAUUGUACAGAGCAGCCCCAUAAUGGAAGCCUUUGGAAACGCUAAGACUGUUUACAACAACAACUCCAGUCGCUUUGGGAAGUUCAUCCAGCUGCACUUCUCUGAGUGUGGCAACAUCCAGGGAGGCUGUGUCAUCGACUAUUUACUGGAGAAGAAUCGUGUUGUACGGCAAAACCCAGGGGAGAGAAACUACCAUAUCUUCUACGCACUAUUGGCAGGGGCUACAAAGGAGCACAGAAGUCAGUACUUUUUGGAAGAAGGAGCUGAGUCUUUCCACUACCUCAGUCAGGCAGGAUGUUGUAAAGACAAGAGCCUGAACGAUAAGGAGCUUUUCAACAGUGUCAUGGAAGCUCUGAAGGUGCUACAGUUCACUGAGGAGGAGAUCCGAGACAUGUUCAAGCUACUGUCUGGAGUCCUACAGCUGGGCAACAUUGAGUUCAUGACAGCAGGGGGCGCUCAGAUCACCACCAAACAAGUGGUCACAAACGUCAGUGAGCUCUUGGGGCUGGACGCCUUUCAACUAUCUGAAGUGCUGACACAGCGAUCUAUUAUCCUGAGGGGAGAAGAGAUCUGCUCCCCCCUCACCAUCGAGCAGGCUGUUGAUUCCCGGGACUCGGUUGCCAUGGCGUUGUACUCCCAGUGUUUCUCAUGGAUCAUACUUAAAAUAAACCAGAAAAUCAAAGGGAAGGAGAAUUUCAAAUCCAUUGGAAUUCUGGAUAUAUUUGGUUUUGAGAAUUUUGAGGUGAAUCGCUUUGAACAGUUUAACAUCAACUACGCCAAUGAGAAGCUUCAAGAGUACUUCAAUAAACAUAUCUUCUCUCUGGAGCAGCUGGAAUACAACAGGGAGGGGGUCCAGUGGGAUGCCAUUGACUGGAUGGACAAUGCUGAGUGCCUGGAUCUCAUUGAGAAAAAACUGGGCUUAUUGGCUCUGGUGAAUGAAGAAAGUCGAUUUCCCAAAGGCACAGACUUUACACUGCUGGAGAAGCUGCACAGUCGACAUUCAACCAACCCGUACUAUGUGAAGCCCAGGCUAGCAGACCACCAGUUUGGAAUCAAGCACUACGCUGGAGAGGUACUCUAUGACGUCAAAGGCGUCCUGGAGAAGAACAGGGACACGUUCAGAGAUGAUAUUUUGAACAUGCUCAAAGACAGCAGACUGGACUUCAUCUACGACCUGUUUGAGAAAGUGGGCAGCAGGAACAAUGAGGAGAAGAUGGGAACAGCCCGACGCAAGCCUACUGUCAGCUCCCAGUUCAGGGACUCUCUCCAUGCUCUGAUGGCCACCCUUAGCGUCUCCAACCCCUUCUUCAUCCGCUGCAUCAAACCCAACAUGGAAAAGAAUCCAAACAAGUUUGACCCAGAGGUAGUUUUGAACCAGCUGAGGUACUCUGGCAUGUUGGAGACAGUGAAGAUCCGGCGCGCUGGGUUUCCUGUGCGCAGGACUUUCAAAGACUUCUUUUUACGAUAUAAAAUUAUUCUCAAGGACAAAGCGCCAAAGAAUGGAGAUGAUAAGAAGAACAGCACUGACCUUCUGUUCAAAUAUGACAAAACCAAGAAGGAAUGGCAGCUCGGCAAAACAAAAGUUUUUAUGAAAGAAUCUCUGGAGCAGCGCUUGGAAAAAGAUAGGGAUGAAAUCAGGCGCCAAGCGGCCAUGAUAAUCCGCGCUCACCUCCUCACCUUCUCUGCCAAAAAGUUCUUCAAGCGUGCCCGUGCCAGCGUCAUCACCCUGCAGAAGCAUUUGAGGAGACAUAUUUUGAGAAAGCGCUUUGUGAAACAGAGAAAGGCAGUGGUGGUGCUGCAGAAACACCGUAGGGGACAAGUGGCAAGGGCCCGAGUCAGAAAACUACGAGAAGAGAAGAGGAAGAGAGAGGAGCAGAAGAAGAAAGAGGAGGAGGAAAAGGAGGGAGCAGAGAAGGGAGAGAAGGAUGAAUCGGAUGAGAAGAAGGCAAGUGCCAGUCCAGAUGAGACCAAGCAGAUGGAGGAGAUCCUGCAGCUGGAGCGUGAGAUCGAGCGUCUGCAGAAGAAGAGAGAGGACGAGGUGUCUCAGCUGUGUGAGUCUUCCAAACAGGAGCUGCAGCUGCGCCGGGACGCUGAGCUCAAACGCAUGAACAAGGAGGCCUCUCGAAAAGCCACCAGUCUGAUCGAUGUGCUAAACUUCACCGGAGUGGACCCUGCCCUGGCUGCAGCUGCCCCCAAACCUGCAGAGGAGGGCAAGACCAAGACCCCCAAAGCAGCCUCAGGUCCCCCUACUGGCACCUCUAAAGAUGAAGAGGUGGACGAGGGCUUCCACGCAGAGGAGGAGUGCAUCCCGCUGCCCGACUUCCCCCCUCCAGCAGAGAGUGAUGCCCCCGUGGACCAGGAAAUCUUUGCCCACCUGCCCCCACCUCCUCCCGCUUUCGCAGAGGGCACUGUACCACCUGGCCCCCCUCCUCCUCCCCCCUUACCCGCGAAUGGUGGUCCUCCUCCACCGCCCCCCCUCCCACCGCCGGACGUCUCUGGAGCCCCACAGCCCCCGCCUCCUCCGCCCCUACCUCCCGCAGAGGAGCCCAAGCCGGAUAGGAAGGUCAGUCUGGUGGAGAGUCUGCCCGAUGGAGACGAGCCCAUUUACUCCCUACCCGCCGACACCGAAUCGGACUAUGACCAGGAGGAAGAAGAAGGUUCCGUUAACGCGGGCGACGACAGCAGCUCUGUAUCCGGGAGCAACCGGGGCAGCGCGGCAGUGGGAGACGACGAGCAUCCUCGCAAGUCCACCUGCACCAACGCCAGCAUAGAGUCCUACAGAGGCAGCUCGGACUCUUAUGCCGACAGUGACGAUGAGCACGAUGGCCUGAUGGACACAGAGGAAGACCUGACCACUGGAAGGGUCACUAUUCUCAACGGGAAUGGACCUCCGUAUUUCCAUGGCUACCUCUACAUGAAAGCUGGUCUGAUGAUCCCCUGGAGGAGGCGCUGGUGUGUGCUGAAGGAUGAGACGUUCAUGUGGUUCCGCUCUAAACAGGACUCGCUUAAGUCGGGCUGGCUCUACAAGAAAGGAGGAGGCCUGUCCACCCUGUCACGGAGGUUAAACUGGAAGAUGCGCUGGUUUGUGCUGAGGGAUGGUAAGUUGAUGUAUUAUGAGAACGACAGUGAGGAGAAACUCAAGGGGACCAUAGACAUUCGAGCUGCUAAGGAGAUUGUUGAUAAUCAUGAGAAGGAGAAUGCACUCAACAUUGUGACAGAAGAGAGGACCUACCAAGUGUUUGCAGAGUCUCCAGAGGAUGCCAGUGGUUGGUUCAAUGUCCUGACGAAGGUGCGAGUGUGUACACCUGAUCAACUGCUGGACAUGGGGCACGAACAGGCUAACCCAAAGAACGCUGUGGGUACUCUUGAUGUGGGGCUGAUUGACUCAGUGUGUGCUUCAGACAAUCCUGAUCGGCCCAACUCGUUUGUCAUCAUCACAGCCAACCGUGUGAUCCACUGUAACAGCGACACCCCAGAGGAGAUGCACCACUGGAUCAGCCUGCUGCAGAAGCCCAAAGGAGACGCUCGCAUAGACGGACAGGAGUUCCUAGUCAGAGGCUGGCUGCAGAAGGAGAUGAAGACCAACGCCAAGAGCACGUCUCUAAAGCUGAAGAAGCGCUGGUUCGUUCUGACCCACGGUUCUCUGGAUUACUACAAAAGCUCUGAGAAGAACUCUUCCAAGAUGGGAACCCUGGUCCUCAACUCACUGUGCUCUGUGAUUCAGCCGGAUGAGCGGGUGCAUCGGGAAACAGGCUACUGGAACAUCAUCGUGUAUGGGAGAAAGCAUUCCUAUCGCCUGUACACCAAGAUGUUGAACGAAGCCAUGAGGUGGGCCGCUGCCAUCCAGUCAGUCAUCGAAAGCAAGACCCCCAUAGAGACCCCCACACUGCAGCUCAUCAGGGACAUCAAGGAGAACAGUGUGAACGCAGAGAUAGUGGAUCAGAUGUACAGGAGGAACCCCAUCCUCAGAUACACCCAGCACCCUCUGCACUCCCCCCUGCUGCCCCUGCCCUACGGAGAGGUCAUCAGCUUGCACCGGCAGCAGGGCUAUGCCAGCCUGCAGGAUGAGGCUGUGCGGGUCUUUAACUCUCUGCAAGAGAUGGAGACACUGGCUGACACUGUGCCCAUUAUACAGGGGAUACUGCAGACCUGCCAGGACCUGCGCCCACUCAGGGAUGAGGUGUAUUGUCAGGUGAUCAAGCAGACCAAUCACGUGCCUCAGCCUAACAGCCCAGCCAAUCGGGCGCACUGGCACCUGCUCACCUGCAUGAGCUGCACCUUCUUACCCAGCCGAGCCAUCCUCCGCUACCUCCGCUUUCACCUCAAAAGGGUCAAAGAGAGGUAUCCAAAUACAGAAAUUGAGCGCUACGCCACAUUUAUUGGGGAGUCCUUAAAGAAGACAAAGACGCGUGAGUUUGUUCCGUCACAAGAGGAGAUCGCCGCCCUGCUGGUGAGACAGGAGAUGAGCACCACGGUCUACUGUCACGGAGGAGGGUCAUGCAAGAUCUCCAUCAACUCACACACCACGGCUGGAGAGGUGGUGGAGAAGUUGAUCCGGGGCCUGGCCAUGGAGGAGAGCAAGAACCUGUUCUCUCUGUUUGAACACAACUCCUUCACUGACAGAGCCCUGGAGAGCAGGGUUAUCGUGGCCGAUGUGCUGGCCAAAUUUGAAAGACUGGCUGGCAGCGAGGAAGAGGAGGAGGAAGGAGAAUGGAAGCUCUACUUUAAACUCUACUGUUUCCUGGAUGUGGAGAGCAUGCCCAAGGAGGGGGUGGAGUUUGCAUUUAUGUUUGAGCAGGCUCAUGAGUCCCUGAUCAGUGGUCACUUCCCGGGCUCUGAGGAGACCCUGCAGCACCUGGCCUCCCUUCGCCUGCAGUACCUCCACGGGGACGGAGCGGGGCGGGCCGGCUGGAGCUUAGGCAGCGUCUACCCCAUCGGACGUCUUCGCAACCGUAUCCUCCACUCCACCAAGCCUGGGGUGGGGGCGGGGUCUGGGACAGGAGGGGGGACUGGAGGCACUGGGGAGGGGAAGGGCACAGCAGGGCCGGGAGGGGUCAGCACAGGGACUGAGAAGAGGAAGACCCCAAGCUUCCUGGACGGGACUCUGAGGAGGAGCUUCAAAACAGGGUCACUGAAGAAACAGAAGGUGGAGGAGGAGCAGAUGCUGGAGAUGUGGGUAAAAGAGGAGACCUCAGCCACUCGCACCAGCGUCCUGGAGAAGUGGACCCGCCUCCAAGGCAUGCCCCAGCAUCAGGCCAUGCUCAAGUAUAUGAGCAUCAUCAAGGACUGGCCCGGCUACGGAUCCACGCUCUUCGAUGUGGAGUGCAAAGAGGGCGGCUUCCCUCACGACCUGUGGCUGGGUGUCAGUGCAGAUAAUGUCUCUGUGUACAAGAGAGGAGAGCCCAAACCUCUGGAGACCUUUCCCUACGAGCACAUCACCUUCUUUGGAGCAUCGCAGCUCUGCACCUACAAGAUCAUUGUGGACGAGAGGGAGAUGUACUUCGAGACACCAAUGGUGGGAGAGAUCUACAAGAUCAUGAGGGCUUACAUCAACAUGAUGGUGAAGAAACGCUGCAGCAUCAUGUCAGUGACCAGUGUGGUCAGUCCCUGGGUCAGGUGAUCACCACCAUCCAAUCAGGAGCUUGAUCCAGUGGCACCAGCUGAACGUAGCACAGUGAGCAGUCAGCUGGUUUUAUUGGAGCAGUGACCAGCAAGCCCUGGAGAAGAACUGAGGCCAAGUAUCAAACGCAAAACAAGAUGGAGGUGACAAAGAAGCCAAUGCACACUCCUCAGGCCGGGCUUUCACUGGGCUUUCACUGGGAUAGGGCUGAAGUUUGGGUCUGAAUAAUCUGAUCUAAUCUAAAGUCAGUGAAGACAAACUGUGUGGGAGGACCCUGUGUUAAUUCCGUUCCAUUUCCAGCUGGUUGUUGUCCUGCAUGUUAAUGUUCACACCUCAGUCCUCACCACAGGAGUGAUCCAUCCAAGCACAAAGUCCCUUUGGUCUAGUGUCCCAGAUGCCCUCCCAGUGCACUGCCAAAGCCAGCCAAACCACCUCCAAACACUGUCACUCUUUUUUAAAACGUCUCUCUCUUUCUCUUCGUCUUCAUGCUGCAUCAAGUCUCAUUCUACUCUACGACAUUGCUUGGUUUACUGGUGGUUCUGUUCAGUAUUACAUUUAUAUGUUGUUGUCAAGAAGAGAGAGGACUCUUUGAAAAGGUGUUUUUCUAUGGGGCUAAAGCUACAUCAGUCUCUGUGAACUAUUUGUCACACAUCAGUGCCACCGUGUGGCCACAAGAGGUAAACUCAGCCAAUGGAAGGGGCUUAAAACAUUUUGAAAGCAUAUAUAAUAAUAAAUAUUCUUAAGAAGAAUAGGUAGUGUUAUUAUACCACUGAUAUUGCCUAUAAAGAAUCUGUGCAUGGAAACCAGUCCUCUGCAAUGGUACAAGAAAAUAACGUGAAGAGAGAUAUCCAGACAGAAGAAGUGUUUAUCCACAUAUAUAACUGAUGCAUAAGGCACAUGUAUAUUCACACAGAGAGGAAGUAACGACUUGUAUUGUUUUCUACUGUAUAUCACAUAUUAACACUGGUAUUAAAUGACUGGCACUCUGCACUGUACAGUCUAAAUAUAUUAUAACACAAUGUGACACCUAUGUGUAACCUAUGUGCAGAAAUAACUGAUGUGUGUGUGUGUGAUCUGAAGACCAUAUGUGUGUGUGUGUGUGUGUCCUGCACUAUGCCAUAAUGUGAACUCUGGACAUUCACAGUUCCACUCUGAGCCAGACUGACGCUUCACUGUCUGCAACAUGCACCACCCACAGCAUCAGAGCCAUAUGAACUCAGUCCCAUUGUUUUAACUAUGAGGAUUUCUAAACAUGUCAUUUUUAUCGUUGAUAUAAUUACUUAGUAUUUCCCACUAACCCUGAAGUAUUGUGUCUGGAAUGCUGCUGUAUGUGUGUUACAUGUUAUUCAAAUGCUCCAAACAGAAAGGUACAGGAGAAUUGUAAAAGAGAAGUUUAUUGUAUUGAAGAUGAGAUGUAUUUAAUGACUAACCUAUGGAAGAGGGCUGUUGUGGUGUCAGUGGACUUGUGGGGCAGGGAGGGGGGAGGGAGGGGGUGUUUAAUCUCUUCAUAUUAUGGUGUAUGUGAUGCAGUGAGUUUGUGAGAGGUUUUACUAAUGAGAGAUGGAUACUAGAACCGGAACACUAACAGAAAUGACUUUGUAUGUGCUUGUUUUGAACUCAUGUUGUCGUCUCACCAGCGCUGACCAUGCAGACAGGAGGCAGCCAUCU